AAUGUGGCAGAAGUCUUUUUCCAGUGCAAGAGCAAUAACAGCAUAAAAACAAAAGUGUAAAAAAUUAUAAAUUUCCUCAAAUAAAUAGAUUUAGUAAUUUUAAGUAACUAAGUUCCCGAGGUCUAGCAUCAAUCAAAUCAAAACAAUUUUUUUGCUAUUGUGAUCCUCUGACACAACUCACGAUGCUUGGUGGUAAAUACAGCGAGCCACCAGAGGCCGCCCGAAAUCGACCAAAUCCUGUGGUAAUGUCCAUGAUGGUGCCACCGCCCCCGCUAUAUCCAGCACCUUCCUUGGUUACAACCCCGACAACAGUAGUCCCGUCCACGGCUGUCCGUCGACCACCGAAUGACUCAUCAUCUGCUGAAGAUGGAUCCACCACCUCGUCCACGACGCUUCAGUACCAGUGUCAACUGUGUUUAAAGUGCUUCGCUAGUGUGGCCACCCUAACGGCUCACUUGAGCACACACGAACAAGACUACCGGCACGCAAGCUCCGGCUAUAAUGGACAACAGCUGGUGGCCUCAGGUGCCGUCAUCAAGUCAGAGCCGCAACCCUUCCAAUUGCUGUCGCCUCCGAUUUACCCAGGAUUUCAGGUGGCAUCCGGUUCCGGAACUACGACUGGUCAGGCGUGUCAAAUUUGUCAGAAGAUCUUCAGCACGGGUGACCAGUUCCAGGCCCACAUGAAAAUCCACGAGAACGAGUUUCGUAACCGGGCUCUGUACCAGGCCGGAAGUGUCCAGCAGCAGCAGAUACAGGUGAAGGAACAAGAGCCGGAAGAGGCUGGCGAUGGAAAUCCAGUUGACUGCAUUAUGUGUCAUAAGAAGUUUCCAACGGCGGCUUCGUUAGCGAUUCAUUUGCGUGAGCACAGAGAAGUCAAGAAACCUUACAAUUGCUCUGUUUGUGGCAAAGGUUUUAUACAGUCAAACAAUUUAUCGACGCAUAUGAAAAUUCACUCAGGAUCUAAACCGUAUAAAUGUGAAAUAUGUUUGAAGCAAUUUAGCCAAUCAAAUAAUUUGAAGACACACAUUCGCACCCAUACGAACGAACGUCCAUUCGCAUGUCCAAUUUGCGAAAAAAGAUUUAAUCAGAAGAACAAUCUGACUACACACAUGCGAACCCAUUCGCUAAUCUGCAAGGUCUGCCAGGCCCAGUUCAAUCACCCAACAGAACUGACCAAACAUGUACGCGUUUGCUACGCAGACCUCAAGCCGAACAUUUGUACGGUGUGCAACAAAGUGUUUAUAAACAACGAAGAACUAACCGAACACACGAACAAGCAGCACAACCAGGUCAAACCACAUCGCUGUCAAAUAUGUUUAAAAACCUUCACCCAGUCCAACAAUCUCAAAACGCACAUGAAAACUCACAUCUUCAUGGAUCCAUUCAAAUGUCACUUUUGUUCGAGGUCCUUCCAGAACGAGGAAGAAUUCGCUCGCCACUCGCUGGUCCAUUCAUCGCCAAAACCAUUCAGCUGUCCGUAUUGCAACAAGCAGUUUAUCCAAUCCAACAACCUUAAAACACACGUCCGUACGCAUACAGGCGAAAAGCCGUACAAAUGUUUCGUGUGCGAUCGUCUUUUCAACCAGAAAAACAACCUCAACACACACCUACGAAUUCAUCAGGGACUCAAACCCUACCAGUGCACAAUAUGCCAGAAGCGGUUCAACCAGUCCAACAAUCUCAACAAGCACAUUUAUAAAGUUCACUGUCACGAUAAGAUACCCGGAGUUCCUCAGCAGCAACAACAGCCGCCACCACCGGUCAACGGUCCUAUCGAUGGACUUGGAACCGUUGCUCAGAGUUGACUGAUACGAUAGCGAUGUGAACAGGUGCCUGCACAAUGCUGAUGUAAAAUAAAGAAAACACUGAAAUAUAUGUAAAUACUAUUCACUAA